AUGUUUGCUGGCAGUGUCAAUGGCGGCUCCGAACUUCUCGAAUCAAUCUUCGCCAGAUUCGAACUCGCACGUCCGCAGCAGCUUUCCGCAACACCGUCGACUGCCCCACCCACUUUCGACCCCGCCCUCAUACCUCGCCCGACACAGCUGCCCUUCCGAAGCCAUCUUGUAGAAUGGCAGCAAGACCAUGGAAAGCCUUCUGAAGAUGUACUGUCUUCCUUUCGGAACCAUCCCGCGAACGAAGAUGUUCGCAAUGGCAUGUCAAAGCUCAAUUCGUCUUCCAAAUCGGACGAAGACAUUGAUACGCCAAAUGUCGAUGCCAUGGACGAGGAGGAGGGCGAGGACCUCAUCACCAUUGGCCUGUUUCUGAAGCCUGGUGAUGUUGUCGAGCUUCGCUCACCCGGCCGUGAGCCAGUUCUUGCCGUCUUUGUCCAGCAGCUAGACAGCAAGAGCCAGUUUUUCUCAGUCAACGGUCGAUGGUGCCAUUCUACCCUAAAUCGAGUCGCCUUUGCCAUUACCGGCUGCAUAGAUCCUGCUCUCCUCGAUCCUAUAAUCCCCUUUAUGCCCACAAAUCCUGAUAAAGCCGAUCCCAAGGGCGAGCUCCAUAUCCCGAUCGAGCUUGGCUCUCCUGUAUUAAAGAUCUUGGAAGGCAUGACAUAUGAGGCGGAACAAAUUUACCGCGCCCAUGCGCCCGUUCUCGACACAGCUUACGCGGUCCUUGCGGAUGCCAAACGAACACGCAUGAUGACUCUGUCUCAAAUAACAAAGACUCUGCUGGCUCAGAAUGAUCCGGCUUGGAGGCCUUCGCCAGCAGCGCUCCUCGCUAACGACGUGGAAGUGGUGGAAACUGUGCAUGAGUGGAUAAGGGAAUACCGCGAUUUCCUUGCCACAUCCGCCAGCACGGAUCAGGGCGCUUCAAAGAAACGAUCACAGGGAGUGACUUAUAUUGAAGACUUCUUAGCGAAGGCCCGUAGGCUGAUAGCCCUCAGUCGAACGAAUCGUGAGCCCAACCGAGGGGUGGCUGGACCCAGCAAGAAGGUUACCCUGUCGCGAGUUGAAAAGUCUCCAGGUCUUGAAUAUGUCUGGGGCGAGCGUUUCAGCCACAGUGACAAAAAGAUAAUUGACUUUUUACAAGCGUGGGUGCUUACUAUGCAAUACGCUGGUAUCAGCGGUCUCCACGCUGCUUGCGCAAGCCUCGUCAUGGCUACCGGCUGUUAUGAACCAGGGGCUGUCCAGUCGAACGGUUUUCCUGAGGACGAUGCCUUCGAAAUUCGGCGUUCGACAGGCAUGCUCUUUCUGCAGGAGAUUGGCGUUAUCUCGCCUUACGAAAACCGCACGCUCUACGAUGAACAGUUAAUGCUCCCCACCGUAAAGCUGUCCCGAAACCUAGAACUACUCAACACCAAGGCCGAGCUGACUCGGAAGAACCCUGACUUCCGAGACUCCAUGGCUCAUUUACGGCGCGACUGGGGCUCAACAACCGUCUACUGCAUUGAUGACGCUGGCGCUCAAGAGAUUGACGACGGAGUGUCCAUCGAGCGGAUAGAGGGGGGCACUUCUGAGUUUUGGAUUCAUGUGCACGUGGCGAACCCUACUGCUUUUUUCGAUAAAACACAUACUUUAUCCGGCCUUGCAGCCCACAUGACUGAGACCUUCUAUACACCAGAACGAGCUUACCCUAUGCUUCCUGCAUGGGCAGCUGGGGGCCACUUUAGUCUCGGUCGUGAUCGGCCAGUUCUUACCUUCAGUUCGCGAAUAGAUGCUGGCGGCAAUGUGCUGGAAAGUAAAAUACAGUCAGGCACAGUACACAACAUCGUCACCAUCACCCCUUCCCAGAUGUCCUCUCUCCUAGGACACCAAACAACAAUGGAGACUCGGAGAUUUGUGGUCGGCGGAGAGCCCAGAAUCAGCGACGCAUUAGCGAGUGCACCUGCGGUAUCCGCUGAACAACUUCGAGAUCUGCAAGACAUGUACACCGCGGCCCAGCGACUUUGGGAGAAACGCAAAGCUGCUGGAGCAAUCCGCCUGAAUAGGGUCAAAAACCAUGUGCGUCUUUUUGAAAGCCCUGACCGAGCUGGACUGGCCUGGAAUCCACCCUCUACAGAUCGAUCUCGCCUCGUCCAAGGCGAUCCAAUUAUCGAGGUGACGAAUAGUGUGCGACAAAGCUGGCUUGAUCUUGGUGGUACAAAACCCUCACAUAUCGUCGAAGAGAUGAUGAUCCUCGCUUGCUCGACAGCUGCAUCCUGGUGCACAGAGCGAAAAAUCCCUGCCAUAUUCAGAGGUACAAUUGCGAUGCCGAACAGUGAUGCCUCGUCCUCGGAGGAGUCCAAACUGCGAGAGAUACUGUCACGCUUGGAGCAGCAGCAGGAUAAAGCCUCUUACAAACUCAUAUCACAGUAUAUGAACUCUUUGGGUCGUGCUAUCUCACACUCAUCUCCUCUACCCCAUCGAAUAAUCGGAGUCCCAGGUUACGUCAGGGUCACGAGUCCCCUCAGGCGAUUCAGCGACAUGAUAGCCCAUUGGCAAAUCGAGGCCGCGUUACGGUACGAGGCUCACACCGGAAAGCAGUUCGACGCCAACGUAGCCUCUACUGGCGGGCGCGGGAUAUUACCGUUCACCAAACGCCAAAUGCAAGAAUCGAUCGUCACACUUUCUCCGCGAGAACGUCUCAUUGCUAGUACCAAGAGAACCUCUGAAACCUUCUGGAGCACGUUGGCUUUGCACAGAGCGUAUUACUAUAAAGAGGCGUCUCUUCCAGAAACGUUUAAGUUCUGGGUGAGAACACCUCCAGGGGAAUCCCCGCUGACGUGGGCAGGCGCGACAGGGUCACUCCCAGAGUAUGGAUUCGGAGCGCUUGUCGACUGCGGACCGGAGGACAUGCAAGCGGGUGACGAAUGGGAAGUUCGACUUGCCUGGAUUGAUGUUUUUAACCGCUUGAUUUUCGUAAAGCCUGUUCAAUUGUUGCAGCGGGCGAAUGAUUAG